CUAGUUAAAAUUUGUUUUAAUUUUAUCCAACAUACAGUAGUAGUUUUGUCAAAGAAAUCACAAUAAAAACAUGCGUAAUGGUCAAGGAAAAGAAGUUGCAUCAACACGUAUAAUGAUUAAAAAAUAUGUAAAAUUAGAUCCGGAUGAUGAGUUCAGUUCAACAACACUAAUUAAACGACAUGGUGAACAAUUGAAAAACAAACAUAAACCUUCAAAAUGGUGUCGAUUACAUAUAACCAAUGAUGAACUAUGGUUAUCUGGUGCUUAUUGGUGGCCUAAUUCCAUAUUGAAUGGUAUUCAUUUAAGUGAAAUCAAUUGUUUAGUGACAUUUUAUUCAACACCUAAUCUAUUAGCUUUGGGUAUAGCUUCACGUUUAUAUAAAUCUGAAAAAGAAUAUGUUAUACUCUGUACAAAAAGUGGUACAGAUCGUGAACAAUUAGUGAACACUUUAAUCACUCUUUGUGGAAAUCGAUGUACACAAUCGGAAAGAAAAUUUACUGUUCCAAUCGCUGGACCUACUGUUGAUAUAGUUGAAAUUUCAUUAUCACCUGAUUUAAAACAAUCAGUUACUACAAGCAAAUCAGUAGAAAUGAAUCAUGAAUCUGGUGUUCAUUCCAUAUCCAAAAAUUAUCCUGAAACAUAUACAAAACCGACAACAAUCAAAGUAGAAAGAUCUCUGUCACCUACUCAUAUAUCAACAAUAACAGCUUCACCUGAUCAUACAACUAGUAAUGUUAUUACUGCAACUACUAUCACUGCCACUAAUACUGGCAAUUACAAUAAUGCUGCAGAUAACUAUGGCGUUCACUACAAUGAAUAUGAUACUGUCAAUGCACCAUAUCCUACAUCACCAUUACAGAAACCAUUUCAAGAAUUCCAAUGGAUGUCAGCCGAUAAUGUAAGACCAUAUCGAUUAAAACGUUUUAUAGCACCUUAUUCUGAAGGACUAGAGUCUGGUUUAAACCAAAAGAUUUGA